AUGUGACGAUGCACAGCAUCUGUGAGAGUGCGCCCAUAGUACUUCCCUUCUAAUCUACCAAUAGUAAGAACUUCCGGUUUUGUUUAGCGACUUCCGGUUCCGUUUAAGAACUUCCGUUUCCGUUUAGCGACUUCCGGUACUAAUUAUUUGCUGUCUUAGGAGGUGUGUCGACCAACGACCACCAAGCCUCAUAGCGUCGUUACUUCCCGAACAGUGAACAUCUAAUUUUAUCUUAGUUUGCUAACGAAAUAGUUGCAAAAUUUAUAAUUAGUUUAAUACUUAAAUCUAAAGUGUGAUCAUGAGUAAUAGUGAAGUGAAUAACGAAGAAGCUCCGCUACACCGCGCAUCGAGCCCGGCCUCAGCUCCGGCAUCCGGCAGUGGCGGUACCCGGCGCCGACAUACCUGCAGUAGCGACUCUGCUUCCGCUUCAUCGGAUUCCUCAGACCACCAGGUAAAAAGAAAAAGACAAGGUGAGUCAGAUUUUGAUAUACAGAAUCUUAUGUACAGAGUUAAUGCAUUGACAAAUAUUUUAUUGCAAAAUUCAUGUCUACCGUCUUUUCAAACGGAAGAAAUUCAGAAUAUGCCUAGCAAUUGUACAGCGGCACAUACAGUGGCGAUUAACGCACCGGCCGCGGCGUCCACGGACACUAUCCGUGACCCACCAUCGAGACCCACCACAAUGGUGUCCUCCGAUUUUUCUUUACGGCGCCCAACGGCUGCUGUACCAAAUGAAACGCGGUUGUUAAAUCUUGGCCAAGUUAAUACAACCUCUAAAGACCCUAAAGUACCCCGGGCGGACCCCGAGCACUUAAAGCGGUUAGAAUUGCUGCAAAAAUUCGGUGAUCCAUCUUGGAAAGAGGUUCGAUAUACUGACGCCUUGAAAAUACAUUGUGCCACCCCUGGUUUUGUUGAGUUGGAUAUAAAUGAUGAACUGAGACAAUUCCAAAAAGGCAAAGACUAUUCAGCUAAAUCCGAAAAAAUUGUAGCUGCUAUUUGUAAUGGAUUGUUGACACAGCGUGAUCUAUUGAAUCAAAGCCUGCAACAACUGGUUGACUGGGCGGCAGCCCCUGAUACAACUCUGUCUGCUGGAAAUAUUUUUGAUAAAAUUUCAGAAUUAUUUCAACCUAAUUCUAAAUUUCAUAAAGUAAGCGAAGAAAUUAUGCAAAUAGUUUGCGGUAAGCGGGCAGAAUGUAUCGAAACUCGCCGGGAGCGUAUCCUGGGUGAGCUGCCAAACAAGAACUUACGUGAGGGUCUCCGUAAGAUACCUCCAAGUUCUGCGUACCUUUUUAAUGAAACUCACCUGCAUGCUUACAUUGCAAACACAGGUGGGAUGGAUAAAUGGGUUCGACCAUGGUUUGACUCGGGAAAAGAGCUCCAUAAACCAAAUACUAAACCUUGUUAUAAGCAUAGUAAACCUGGUCCGUCACGUGAGGCUAGUCAGUCCUUUCGUAAUCAAGAGCACGCAUCAAAUUCAAGGAAGAACAAAAACUUUACCUAUCGUCCAGAGCAGAAAAGAUCGAAGAAAGUCUAUCAUCGAAAGGACAGCCUACCCGGCAAAAAGAAAUUCGAUAAAUGACUCGCAACUCACACAACCCAGGUUUUACGGAGGCUGUCUUCGAGCGUAUCGGAGGCAGUGGCAGGCGCUUCGGGCUCCGGAGGCCCUUCUCGGAAUGAUCUCGGGAAUGCGUCUACCAUUUACCUCCAAACCACUACUUGUCCAUCCAUUGGCGAAAACCCUAAAUCGCUUCAGAACAACCCAGUCUCCAGAUAUGUCGGAUCAGAUAAAGAUCCUGUUGCAACAAGGUGUCCUGGAAAUUCCAGACCAACAGGAUCUGGGCCCCAGUUUCUUCUCAACAAUGUUCUUGACAAGGAAGAACGAUGGGACUCACAGACCUAUUUUCAACCUAAA